UUGCACCUUUCCUGCCAACUACUCAGUGAAUUACUCACAUUGUAUUAAAACCUUCUUUGUAUGUGUCACCGAGUAAAACUAUUUCGUCUUCCACAGUUACACAUAACUUUGCAGAGAAAACAGGACGAGAUAUCUGCACUAAGGGAGAAGAAUUCCCAACUGAAGGAGCUGGCCAAGCAGGCAGAGCGUCUGGCUCUUCUACUAGAUGUAAGACAAGUGGUCGUACGACAAAUACUAUAUGAUUCAUGCAUGCCCUUAAGCCAGGGUGUGAUACUGAGUCAUGAUGCACAGUGGCACAAAGCUAAGACACUUAUUAUGUUAGCUCCGUUGGAAAUUUGGUGUUUCAUUAUAGUUAUUAUGUUUUUGUUUGCUUGUGUGUGUGUGUGUGUGUGUGUGUGUGUGGAUGACUCGGGAUCAGUCAGCGCACACAACAGCAUCACAGAAGAUACAGUGGGUUACCACGGCGACGCCAAAAGGAGGAAAGACGACGACGACGAGCUGCUCCAGGCUCAGUUACAGCAGUAUCUGGAGGACAUCGAGCGGGACCUUCAGCAGCCAGAGGCCGAUUCAGUGGUCAGCCAAGAAGACCCGACAAAGGGCCAAAAAUCAGACACGAUCAAUGUUUACGGAACUUUCUGUGGACUUCAGAUAGUAAGAACCACUCCGACUCCAACUGACACUGACUCAUCAGAAAGAGAGGUUAUGUGCUUUAAGACCUCCAUCAGAGAACACAGUACCAUCAGAACCCGAGUGUUUCCUCACGGACAGAGCUUCACCUCUCCCACGCCUACAGGCGGCUACAGGUUCCUCUGGAUUCCUACAGAACCAUGAGUGGAGACCAUGGGUGGUUAAUGUAAAUAUAUCGAAAAGAUAAAGCAUGGCUUCCCAUGUGUUAUUAUGUGUAAAGGAAAAGAUGGUGUGUAUUAUAUGGCCUUCAUCAGAACUACAGAUCAAACAUCCGGUAACACUAUUUCUUACUAGAGUGACUCAUACAUAAUAAAUAAGAGGUUUGAUGUUACAAAGCUUCUUGUUAACAGAUCUAAUGUCUUCUCACUACUCACUACCCUCAGUGUAAAAAAAUCAGUCCUUCUUUCACAAAAAAUGAGAACAGCCCUUGAUUCCUUUUUUGCACCUUACGCACUGAUGAGAUAAAUUCAUUUCACACAAGAUAACGC